GUUAGCCUUUGUUGGUAUAUAGCAAGCUUCUCGUUCCUCUUUCCAAAUUUCUCUCACGCGUUGCGCCCAAGCUUCCAUUUUAUUUUUCUCGUCUUUCCUUUUUGCUGUUGCUCUCUCCUCUCGCGUUUCCCUCCUCAUCUCGCCGAUCCCCUCUGCGAAGAACAUCUCCAGAAAGCUCGCAUUUCUGGUUUCGCGCGCUCUCGUCUUUUGGUGGUAGAUCUGUUGGAUCUAUGCGGUUGGUUCGUUUUCUGGCGUUCUUAUGGGGUGAUUAUCUGUUUGUUUGUAGGGAUCAACAGCAAGGAAGAGCGAAAAUGGGGCUGACGUUCACGAAGCUUUUCAGCCGGCUGUUUGCCAAGAAGGAGAUGAGAAUUCUCAUGGUUGGUCUCGAUGCAGCUGGUAAGACCACCAUCUUGUACAAGCUCAAGCUUGGCGAGAUCGUCACCACCAUUCCCACUAUCGGAUUCAAUGUUGAAACCGUGGAAUACAAGAACAUCAGCUUCACCGUGUGGGAUGUCGGGGGUCAAGACAAGAUCCGCCCAUUGUGGAGGCACUACUUCCAGAACACUCAGGGCCUCAUCUUUGUUGUGGACAGCAAUGACAGAGAUCGUGUUGUCGAGGCCAGAGAUGAGUUGCAUAGGAUGUUGAAUGAGGUACUACCUUUUCUGAACUCGUUUUGUUUGUCAUUCUCAUCUUACAUAUACAGGCAAAUCCUGAUGAUCUUAUUGUGCCAUUGCUUACAGGACGAACUGCGAGAUGCAGUGUUGCUUGUUUUCGCUAACAAGCAGGAUCUGCCAAAUGCAAUGAAUGCUGCAGAGAUAACCGACAAGCUUGGUCUCCACUCCCUCCGCCAGCGUCACUGGUACAUCCAGAGCACCUGCGCAACUUCUGGUGAGGGCCUUUACGAAGGUCUGGAUUGGCUCUCCAACAACAUUGCUAACAAGGUAUGUAUACAUGGGGAGGAUAAAAAGCUUGUUAAAAAGAGUGUACCGAUUUCUGAUUUUCGUCAAUGGUUUUUGUUCAGGCUUAACUCUGGUGAGGCAGCCGUUUUGUGGAUGACGGAUCUGGAUGCAGGGGUGAAUGUUAUCUAGUUUAUCUUCUCUUCUCACUUUUUUUUUUUUUUUUUAUCUUUUACCGUUCUUUCGUUUCUCCUCCCCCUUCCUCCCUCCCGAGACAUUUGGUUUUUUUGUUUCUGCAUAUUUAUACUCUUUUUUUUUUUUUUUUUAAUCUUUCGUUUUCCCAGCUCCCUCUUGGUUUGGGAGGGAUGGGAUGCCUUCUUUUAUGUUAGGACCUCUUUUUGGAUGGGUUACAGUGUAAUAGAAUACAUAUAUAUUACUGUUAUGUUGGUUGGAUCUUGUACUCUCACCGAGAAUGUUUCAUUUGGCUUUGGAAUGGAUCUUCAUGUGGCCGUGGUUUGGGCCGUAGGAGCAGGGAAUGCAGGCUGCCCUCCGAUGAUUCUCUUGCUAAUGGUUAGUAAUUAACUACAAAAUCAAAAGAAAACA